CCGCCCCCGAGCGCGGGGCCUUUCCCCGCGCGGCCGCCGCCACCACCGCCGCUGCCGCACUCAGCGCCGGCGCCUCAGCAGCAUCCGCCGCCUGCACCGCGCGUGCCGCCCAGCGCUCCGGACCGACCCCCGCCGCCGUACCCGCACCCAGCCAUGGAGCCCAAAGCCCCUCGCCGCCGCCACACCCACCAGCGCGGCUACCUGCUGACGCGGAACCCCCACCUCAACAAGGACUUGGCUUUUACCCUGCAAGAAAGACAGCAGUUGAAUAUUCAUGGAUUGUUGCCACCUAGCUUCAUCAAUCAGGAGAUCCAGGUCCUUAGAGUAGUUAAGAAUUUUGAGCGUCUGAACUCUGACUUUGACAGGUACCUUCUCUUAAUGGAUCUUCAAGAUAGAAACGAAAAGCUUUUUUAUAGAGUACUCAUGUCUGACAUUGAGAAAUUCAUGCCUAUUGUUUAUACUCCUACCGUGGGUCUGGCUUGCCAACAAUAUAGUUUAGCAUUUCGGAAGCCAAGAGGUCUUUUUAUCAGUAUCCAUGACCGAGGUCAUAUUGCUUCAAUUCUUAAUGCAUGGCCAGAAGAUGUCAUCAAAGCUAUUGUGGUGACUGACGGAGAGCGUAUUCUUGGCUUGGGAGACCUGGGUUGUAAUGGCAUGGGCAUCCCUGUGGGUAAACUGGCUCUGUAUACAGCUUGUGGAGGGGUGAAUCCUCAAGAAUGUCUGCCUGUCAUUCUGGAUGUGGGCACAGAAAAUGAGGAGUUACUUAAAGAUCCAUUAUAUAUUGGACUGCGGCAGAGAAGAGUGAGAGGGACUGAAUAUGAUGACUUUUUGGAUGAAUUCAUGGAGGCAGUUUCUUCUAAAUAUGGUAUGAAUUGCCUUAUUCAGUUUGAAGAUUUUGCCAACGUGAAUGCAUUUCGGCUGCUGAACAAGUAUCGAAACCAGUAUUGCACAUUCAAUGAUGAUAUUCAAGGAACAGCAUCUGUUGCAGUUGCAGGUCUCCUUGCAGCUCUUCGAAUAACCAAGAACAAACUGUCUGAUCAAACAGUGCUAUUCCAAGGAGCUGGAGAGGCUGCCUUAGGGAUUGCACAUCUGAUUGUGAUGGCCAUGGAAAAAGAAGGCUUACCAAAAGAGAAGGCCAUCAAAAAGAUAUGGCUUGUUGACUCAAAAGGAUUAAUAGUUAAGGGACGUGCUUCCUUAACACCAGAAAAAGAGCAGUUUGCCCAAGAACAUGAAGAAAUGAAGAACUUAGAAGCCAUUGUUAAAGAAAUAAAACCAACUGCACUCAUAGGAGUUGCUGCAGUUGGUGGUGCAUUCACAGAGCAGAUUCUCCAGGAUAUGGCUGCCUUCAAUGAACGGCCUAUUAUUUUUGCUUUGAGUAAUCCAACCAGCAAAGCAGAGUGUUCUGCAGAGCAGUGCUAUAAAAUAACUAAGGGGCGUGCAAUUUUUGCCAGUGGCAGUCCUUUUGAUCCAGUCACUCUUCCAAAUGGACAGACCCUGUAUCCUGGCCAAGGCAACAAUUCCUAUGUUUUCCCUGGUGUUGCUCUUGGUGUAGUGGCCUGUGGAUUGAGGCACAUCACAGACAAAAUCUUUCUCACUACUGCUGAGGUAAUAUCUCAGCAAGUAUCAGAUAAACACUUGGAAGAGGGCCGACUUUAUCCUCCCCUGAAUACCAUUAGAGAUGUUUCUCUGAAAAUUGCAGAAAAGAUUGUGAAAGAUGCAUACCAGGAAAAGACAGCCACAGUUUAUCCUGAACCACAAAACAAAGAAGCGUUUGUCCGCUCCCAGAUGUAUAGCACGGAUUAUGACCAGAUUCUACCUGAUUGUUAUUCUUGGCCUGAACAGGCCCAGAAAAUACAGACCAAAGUUGAACAGUAGCAUAAUAGCCGGCGUUUCUAACUCCAUUAAUGAGAUCUUGAAGUCUUUCAUAGUUUUUAAAGGUUUGAAUCUUUUCUGAUGAUUCAUAAUAUGUUUAGAGCAAAAUAAUUUUACUUUAACAGUCUCAAAACUUAUGGAGGGAUAUUAACAUAAAUUAGAAUAAAUGUUACAGUAGGUAAUUUUGCUUCAUUUACCUUCCAGUUACUUAUGGUUUCUAUUUUAAUUAUUCUGGCCAAAUUCUGUUUAAUAGUUAUUGUACCUACUACUGAGAAACUCAUCAUUUUUAUAUAGGGAAUUAAUGGGAAGACCAAAAUUAGUAAUACACUGAUAUGAUCAACAUUAAAACUCAUAAUACUUUUGUUGAGCAUUUUGUUAAAUUUUGUUUUUUAACGAAGACAGACAUGAACUUAGACAUAGAUGAACUUUUGCUAAACAGAAACAACACUACUUUGCUACCUGGAGAAAGAUAACUUCUCAGGUAUUUUUAUUUCAAUCCCAGAUUAUAUUUGUUCUUUUUGUGCAACUGAAUUCUAAUAUUUCUAAGAGAGAUCACUGCUGUUUACAAUGCCCUGUGCAGUCUUAGUUUUGAUUUUUCUUUUGUCAUUGAACAUCUCUCAGAGUAAAGCUCUGAUCACCUUCACCGUGGGCCAGAAAUCGCUCUAACAGCACCUUUGCUUCCUGCUGACCAAAUGCUGUAUCCUGCAGCUACCGCACUGCUGCUGUAGGGCCUUUGUGAGCUGUGGGCCUCGUCUAGAAGUCAGCACCUUCAGUUCAGCACAGUCUGAGCCAUGAGGACUGAAAGGAGGCUAGUUAAGAAGAUCCUUGAGGAAGGGCUGCCUGCGGAGCUGACCUGCAAAGGCAAGGAUCUCAGGAGUCAGGAGCAAGACCA